CCUUUCCUCCUCUUCUUCAAUAAAAUCUACUCGGAUUUGUUAAUUUUUAUGCUUUCUGUUUUCCUCUGUUCCUGUCUGUUUUUAUUACAUCCGAGUUUCUGUUCUGUUCUGUUCGUUAAAGAUGCAUAGGUCAGCGAGCACAUCUCGAGCCUCCGAUGAGUUCUUAAUCAACAUAUCACCUGCUGUGAAGUGUUGUUCUACAGGCCUGAAAACUGUGCACGUUGAUGACCUCCCAAGAUAUGAUCCCAUCUCUGAUACUAACAAAAAAGAAGCUGGUUCCCAUCCCAAGUCAUCCGGGGAGAAUGCAGUUCACCUAAUACCACUAGUUCUAAUUCUCUGCGCUAUCAUUCUAUGGUUAUUCUCUCAUCCAGUAGUAGAUGUGAUGAAUUCACGUGGCCUGAUUGUUGAAAGAGUCAAAGGCUUGAAUAUCAAUCGCCGUGGUAAUCAAACUGGUUUGCCGUCAUCCAACAAACCCAAGAACUUUGAUCAAGUAGAGCAGAUUCAGGAUGGCAGAAGAACAGUAAGAUAUUCAGUGAACAAAUCUGGAUGA